CUUCUUCUGUAUCCAAUAAACAUGUAAAAUAUAAUUUUUCUUCAUGUAAAUUACUUACAAAAAAAUUCAACUGAAUCAAAUUUGUUUAAAAUCCAGAAAUUUUUUUUUUUACCUUUUUUAGGGGGUACCCCACUUUGCCCGCAGAAAUGAAAAAUUUUUUUUUUCAACGGUAACUAAAAAUUUCUUCUAUUUACUUUGAAUAUCAUUAAAAAAAAAAAUAUUUAGCGUAUUUGAGUCCUCGAAAAUUUGGUAUUUCCUUAAGUACCCCCUUUUGCCCCUCCCUCCCCUAUAUUGUAAACAUCACACUUGUCUCUUACUCCUAUUUUCCAUUACUACAUAAAGAAAAACUUAUUAAAACAGAGUAUUUACUCAAUUUCGACUAUCAGUUGAUUUCUUAUCAUUUCUACCGCAAAUUAGCGUGAUUAUAAUAAUUUUUUUUUUCAACUAUCGAGAGUUACGACUGACAGAUUCAGGAAAUUCGAUUCAGUUUUGAGUCGUGAUAUUAUAAUUUAUCCUUCAUUUGGACAAUGACUAUAACGGUCAUAGUGAAUCAUCCAUCGGACACGCGAUUGUAAAAUUAUAAACGAUUAUUGAUAUGAUCAUACGAGUGUGAGUGCUUGGGAUCAACGUGUAUUUAUUCAAACAUAUAAACGUUCUGCUAUAAAAUGUUGGUUUUUUGAUACACUAUCAUACGAAAGUCACAGAAAUAUGCCACGCAAAGUCACUCAAUGGAUUUUUUCCAGUACGUUUUUACAUUCGUAGAAGAUAACAGCGUGAAUAUUGUAUUCAAAAAUGAUUGUAUGCGACUUUAAAUUAUUUGUGUAUCAUACACUUCUCAAUAGUGUUUUAUUUGCGUAUGGUCGGAACAUAAAACUAGUAGAAAAUAAAUAUUCAGGGUUAUCAGACAUUGUGACGCAUAUCGUCAGAGCUUGCAAUGACAAUUUUCAAAGGGUUGUUAUUAACGGCGAUGCGGACGAAAAUUUGGUCAAAUCGUUACGUGAUUCAGAAACGAUUGCUGUUAUUUUACAUGACAAUUCAUCAGCGAUCGAUCUAAAUCUAGAGUAUAAAAACAAAAUUGAUUUCUUUGUUGUGACUUUCAAUGGUUCAGUUGAUAAACUUUCCGAAAUUCUGCUUAAAUUCCAAAAAUCUCUAUGGUGGAAUAUAAUGAGUCCUUAUUUCGUGUUCAGCGGAUCAGAAAAUGGAUGCAAAGAUGCUGAAGUUGCUCUGAAAAAAAUUUGGAAAAUGAAUAUUCUGACUUGUUACUUUGUUUGUCUCGACUCAAAACAGAAUCCGUUCAUAUAUACUUUCAACCCGUACUCAAAAUAUGCACCCGAUCAAUGGAAAUUUGUCCAAGAGUUCAAAAAUGGAUCCAAUUACAUGGCGGUCUACAACCGACCCUACAUUGAAGAAAAUAUUCAUGAAGGUUUCAAUUUCGACAGGACCAAGUAUCUCGAUAACGUGACAAUUAAUAUUGCGUUCUGUAUUACCCCAGAAAAAGCAGAUUUACUACCAACGAUCACCGAAAAAAAUCAAUAUUUGAUUCAUACUCAUUUUGAAUCACGUAUGAUAGAGGCAUUAAGAGCUGCAUUCAAAGUAACUUUCAAAUUUAGUUACAUGGUACAACCUUCUGUAAGCUCAUCAGAGUCGCACGGUGGCUACAUUUGCUUGCACAAUAAAACAUGUGAUUUUGCAACGUGUACAAAAACUCACGCACUCACAUUCGGUUUUCCCGGCAGCCACCAAAUUAUAUAUUCCGGUUUUUCGAUUUUCUCAUCCAAACAAGGGUACCGCACACCCUUGGAAAAAAUUUAUAAAUUCUAUGGCCCGUUGAUGAUCGCGGCAACGAUCAUCAUUUCAACAAUCACUUAUUUAGUUAUUUGGUACGUGAAUAGACCGCGAGAUUUUUCAUUCGCGGCCUUUGAAAUCCUUCGGCUCUGGACUUGCACUUCCCUUUACACGAAAAUUGAUACCUUAGCACUCCGUAUAUUUUUUUUCGUGAUAUUUCUUUACUUUCUGAUACUUCAAGCGACUUUUCAAGGGAAUCUAUCGAAAUUUCUCACGAGACCUGAACUAAGAGACAAUGCCGACUCAUUGGCGGACUUAGAGAGCAGCUCUUAUGAAAAAAUUUACGCGACUCUUACCAGCAUUAAAUUUAUGGUCGACAACGAAAUUCUUGCAGCAAAAUCGAAUCGAACAUCACUCGACCAAUGUAUUGCGAAUGUUAUAGAUAAAAAGUCGAGUGUAUGUGUCAGUGACUAUGUGGCUUUUUUGAUGCGUUUUGAAAGAAUGAAGUUAUCGAAAAAUCUUCUGAGAAAUUACUAUUUAUCUGAAAAACUGCUGAGUAAUAAUUAUUUUAUGUAUCUGACCCGGCACGAUUGGCCGCUUAAAGAAAAGUUUGAUCACUUUCUCACGGUAUUAGAAGACACUGGAAAUUUACUUAAAUUUAACAAAAAUUUGACUUCUUCUCUGGAAUCUGUUAUAUUAUCUCAUCAUAUUUACCCAGAAGUCCGGCCUAUUGAUUUAAAAUCAUUAUUAUUCAUUUUUCAAUUCCUGAUAAUUGGACUCACAAGUGCGACUUUUUGCUUUAUACUCGAAAAAUGUAAUUUUGCAAGAAAUAAAUCGAAAGUUGCGAGUCAUAAAAAUCGAAAAAAAUUCAUGUAUGCAAAAAUUAAUCGAAAGUUUAUGAAUACGAAUAAUCGAUUAAGGAAAAUGAAAAAUGAAAGAAGAUAAUUCUUAGUUUUAAUUAUUUGAAAUUUAAAAGUGUUCAGUAACAGUAAGUACUUUUAUUUAUAAGGAAUAUAAAUUUCUGCACGAUUUCUUCACUUAAAAUAAUCGCAAACACUAAUAAUACAUAAUUACGAAACUCUGGAGCAAAAUAUUGGAGAAAUAAAUUUUUAUCGACUCUAGAAAUAAGUUCGCGUGCCUUCGAUAAGCAUUGGAUGAAAAAUGAUAACAAAUAAUGGUACGUUAUUGCGAUAUAUAUGAUAAAAUAAUUGCCAUAAAUUUCCAACAGAGACCAUAUUUCAUAAAUGUCAACAAUAAAAUGUAUUUUCAAUCAAUAAAAUAAAUAACAUUGAAACAAACAACGUUUUAUUCCAUUCUGACAAGCAUUCCCUGGUGGAAAUUUUUGGAAAUUUUCUCUGAAAAACUCAGUUCCAAAGUUCUAAAGACUUUUUCAAAGUUCUGAAGACUUUUUCAGAGAAAAUUCCCAAAAAUUUCCACCAGGG